GGAAAGGGCUUGCUGUUGGGAGUAACGCUCCACUUCACGGUACAAAAAGUCCUGAGACGUUUUCGCCGUCAGAAGUGUUGUAUCGAGAGCGCAACGUCUGCGUCUUGGAUGGUCCCAGUGAGCCAGCGCUGGAGGGACAGCCGAGGACGCACGAAUGGCGGACAUCCGAAAGAAACUUGUGGUGGUCGGAGACGGGGCGUGCGGAAAGACGUGUCUGCUCAUUGUGUUCAGCAAAGACGAGUUCCCGGAGGUGUACGUCCCCACGGUUUUCGAGACGUACGUAGCGGACAUCGAGGUGGACAACAAGCAGGUCCAGCUGGCGCUUUGGGACACGGCCGGACAGGAAGACUACGACCGUCUGCGACCAUUGUCCUACCCAGACACCGAUGUCAUCCUCAUGUGCUUCUCCGUGGACAGCCCGGACUCGCUGGAGAACAUCCCAGAGAAGUGGGUGCCGGAGGUGAAGCACUUCUGCCCCAACGUGCCCAUCAUCUUAGUGGCCAACAAGAAGGACCUGCGCCACGACGAGGACGUGAAGAGGCCGGUGAAACCUGACGACGGACGGGCCAUGGCGGCGCGCAUCGGGGCGUAUGACUAUUUGGAAUGCUCGGCCCGAACUAAGGAGGGCAUCUGGGAAGUUUUCGAGACGGCGACGCGAGCGGCGCUGCAGAAGAGAGCCACGCCGCAGGGAGAGUGCGCAAAGUGCUGUGUGCUGAUGUGACAUGGAACCCGGACAUGGUUCUACCGAGACCGGCCCGGAACACAACCACAGCCCCGUGCGUAAAAGUCAAAGUAGGCCAAACGCUGCUUUGAGUCUCUGAGCAAGUUUGGUGAAGGCGGUUACCAAGGAAACGCAAACUCAGUAAAGUGGGCUUAAUAAAACUAGGAACUGCUCACAGGACUAAAUGACUUUGCCUUCAAACUCAGCAUGUUUUUCUUUUUUCUUUGAGCCCAUGUUGCUUGGCUAUUUUUGUCCCAAACCUGUGCUUACAAAGUAGGCCUUAUUCUGUUAACUUGAUUUGGCUUAUCAUAUUGAAUAACCUUUUAAUUUUAGUAAGAUAUUUAUUUUAUUUAUGUAUUUUUUCCUUAAGAGGUAAUCAGUAGGCAAAUAACUACACAAUUACAUAGGUAGUAGUAGUAGUAGCCUUCUGCCUUUAGACCACAAUGAGGGCUCUGUUGGUUACACUUUAAGGCCAAUUCUUACAAGUAAUUCAGUCUAAAUUAACACUUCUAUGGGAAUGCCAAGGAGGCUCAUAGAAUAGCCUAAUACUUAUCCCAGCGAUAGUGUUGUCAUGCUACUAAAAUUUCAAACAGAAUUGUUCAGGAAAGCUCAAAUUUUGUCCUAGUUUCGAUAUUAGUGUUAGCAUCCAUUAGAAUCUGAUUUUGGAUACUUUUGACAACACUAUCCAGCGCUAUAAAGAUAAAUAUUACGAUUGGACUAAUAUGAUAGUCGUAGUAGGUACGUAGAGGUAGGCCUACAUGCUGGAUAGGCCUCUGUAUGUGGACAUGUAUGGACAGAGCACGCUCCAGCUCUCUGCAUCCCUGAUGUUUCUCUCUGCCCAGGCGGCACUAAUGACUGUGGGAUGUUGUUUUGGACACAAGGCUCGGCAGCUGACGUCCGGGCUCCAACAGCAGCCUCAUUGUGCAUCACGAGGAAAGGAGCAGCUGAGGAGGAGCUGAGGAAGAUGUGAAGUUUGAGAUGUUUCUGCUGAAGCCAAUGGUGCUCAGAUCUUCACCAGCGCAGAACAUUGGAAGCAGCUGGUGUGGGGUGGACUACAGAUGAAUUUAAAGGCCCUGUAUUAUGCAAACUUGACUCUUGUGAGCUUUAAGCCAUGUAAGAAUGUUGUUACUCCUCAAGAAUAGACCUGGAGUUGUCUUUUGUUUCAUUCACACAUGUUUGAAUAACACUUUAUUAUUAGUCUGUCUACAAAGCUCAAAAUGCUCUGUUCCACCUUGUGAUGUCAUGAAGUAAUAGUUUUCAAGUGAACAGCUCCUUUUACCUUUAGUUCGGUAGAGAUGACAAAUUCAGAGCUGAAAUGAUCCAAAUGAUUCUCAUGAAGGUGUAUGGAGUUUAAAAACACAGUGGAGCACUUCCUGUAUUACCACAUGACAUCACAAGGUUGAAUAGAGUGUUUUCUGUUUGAGAGAAGAACUCAGCCUAAAUAUGCAGGGUUUAUGCGUGAAUGAAACAAAAUGUAACUCGGUAUAUUUUUAAUCAGAAAACAAUAUGAUAACGUUGAUUUUAAAAAAUAGCGUAAUAUUGGCCCUUUAAGCUAAACUGUCGACAAACACUGCAAAAAAGAACAUCUACAAACUUGAAUUACUUGAAUUUUGAAUAAUAAUUUGAGUAGUAGUUUUAGUUCACUUUAGUUGCUUCACUGAAAAAACAUACAUGUUGUUUUCAACAUAUUAGUGUACGUAAUGAUGUCACCUUAUCCAAUUAAAUAUGUAGAAUUUUUAACUUUAAAAUUUUUGGAGUGUUUUUUUUAGGAUUUUUUUUUUUACAGAUUAAUUAUUUUUCUCCAUUUCAAACUAAUUUAUCAAACAAUGCACAUCGAUAUAUUAUAAAAAUUGGAAAAAAAAAGAAAUACCCCAAAACGUCAAUACUACUGCUACUACUACUAUUACUACUACUAUACUGCUACUAUUACUACCACUACUACUGCUUAAGUCAUUUUAUUUUACCCAUUUACACAUUUUAAAGGCACUGUACCAGAUUUGUACUGUCUUACAAAUGUGAAAAACAGAACUAGUUCAUAUUAAACUCUAAGGCUAACAACAGGUAUCAUGCUAACACGCACUUCCUGAUUCUCGGACAAUAAGACGCUUUCUAAUUAGACACGGACAAUACACACCUGACCUAUUUUAACCUCAAGAGCUGCUGCUUGUACAGUAAAAUGCAAAAUCAGGUACAGGGCCUUUAACUUUGAAGAGGUUUGUUUUUUGCAGUGUACGUACGCACACCGCACGUUGAGAGCCACUGCUGCUGUUUAUCUACGGGGCUGAACUUUGAGCCAAGGAUUCCGCUGUUUGGACACGAGAGCCAGUGUUAGCGGAUGCCUUAAUGCUAUGGUCAGCUGUGGUCAUGUGUGUAGUCAGCGGUCACUAACUUCACGAGCGAGGUCUAUGUGACUCUGUGGGAGAUUCACUGUUUUUGAAUGAAAUCUCCAAACUUGAUCCACAAAUGUUGAAGUUUAUGUCUGUGCGAUUGGGUCCACAAACUUACAGAACAGAGGUGGUAGAGUAGAUAAAAAUUAUACUCAAGUAAGACUAACGCUACUUCAAAAUACUCAAGAAGAAGUACAAAGUAGUGGUCCAAAAAGUGACUUGAGGAUUUGGGAAGAGGAAACCACAACUUUUACUGUUACUUCAAUACAAAUAUUACUCAAGCGGGGGUAAAACUAUGCCCGUAGAAAAGUACAAUUUCUUUAAAAAAGUUACUCAGUCAUUGUACAUGAGUACUACCCACCUCUGCGUAUGAAUUUUAUAGUUUAAAAUCCCUUAAACUGACAACAAUCACGUCAUGGGGUUGAAAAAUGGCAGUUUUCUGAAGCUAAUGUGAAAAAAUCAUGACUUUUGUUGAUUUAUACUGACACAUAAGACCUUGAACUUUGUACCAGUUUUUGUUUCAUGUGGAUAGGCCCAGGAAUUACACAGAUAUUAACCAUAAACCAGGUCAACACAUCUGAAAAUCUGACAGUUACAUAGAGAACUCUACCUGAGGAUUCUGACCUGUCUCACCUCAGCUUACACUAUUGGGAUUCUACAAUGUGCUGUUAGUUAUACAUUUGUAAUAACACUCACCAGCUACUAACCUCCUGACACCAGCCAAGUAAUGUGCCAAAUUAACAAAUGACUAUAUGUUUUUCGCUGUUAUGAAAAAGUAUUACCAAGUGCUGGACAUUGGUAGCUGGCUCAGAUCUCGCAAUGUUUUGUUUUGUAAAAUUGCACUUGUUAUUUAUGUGAAGGUUUUGGGGGAGUUGACUUGCCCACCACAGUGUAUGUAUGACGGACACUUUAUAAAGCUAAAACAGAUUUG